AUGGGCUUGAUCUCGACGCUUCGCCGUGCGCUCCGUUGCGUUGCUCAGAGGCUUAGGCGUAGGCCGCCGCAUGAGGCGCGUGGCUCGUUGAUUACUUUGGGAUCUGCAAAGCUGACGGAUACUAUGUUGCAGCUUGAUCCGCAGUCCUUGGUUGGCGAAGACAAGUCUGCGUUUCCGAACAUGCGCUGGCCCUUGUCGGCGCGCACUCGUCUCGAGUCACCUUGCUCAAUAACCGUUGACUCCGGGAAUGCUCUGGUCGAGGGUCAAUUGCCAUCGGGAAAUUUCAUCAAUCGCCUGCCGACUGAACUUCUCUCCCUCGUAUUCCUCGCGAGCGCAUACGAGCCAAACGGCAGACCACACCUCGACCUGCACUUCGUCCCUCUGAUUCUCACGCACGUCUGUGCGCGCUGGCGCGCAAUCGCAGUGAAUAUGCCCCCACUUUGGCAUCGAUUCGAUCUGCGGCCUUGCUUAGAGAAGGGCUGUGCCCGCGAGCUCGCCGAUACCUGCGCAGAGCGCGCUAAAGCCAUUGGCCUGGACAUCUCGUAUCACGAACUCUCCUUCAACGAGUCUGACGGUUCGUGGUACGAUGGCACUACGAGGCUUCCCCCAGAGGUCGAAUUUUGCGACUGCUUGAUGUACUUCAUCAUUGAGUAUAUCGACUAGAUCAGAGAUUUGGAUAUCUCUGUCGGGGAGCAGU